AUGGCAGAAAUACCAUACUGUUCAAAUUUGGCUAAUAGUGGCCCUGUAAUCAGCCCCCAGUUUCGUGCUUCUCAUCCAGUUAAUCUUUUGAUAGACAAAAAGGUUUUUACCCUUAGUACUACCAGAUAUACAGUUACAUCAACUGAUGGCAAUCUCGUCUUUAAAGUUGAGAAGUUCCCUUUAAGCUUUCAUGGCACUCUGGUCGUCCUCGACGGUGCUGGAACUCCGGUUAUCACUUUACGACCCAAGAAAUUGUCGUAUCAUAGCAGAUGGGAAGUGUUUAGUGGAGAAAGCACAGAUAAAAAAGAUUUGAUCUUCAGCGUGAAGAGAUCUUCAAUGUUCCAAAUCCACACUAAAUUAGAUGUUUUCUUGGCAAACAACACAUCAGAGGAAUACUGUGACUUUAAGCUCAAAGGGAGCUCCUAUGAGAGAUCUUGUGACAUAUAUGCUGGAAAUUCAUCCACUCCAAUUGCUCAGAUGGAUAAAAAAUUGACAGCAGGAAGUAUCUUCCUGGGAAAGGAUAAGUUCAUGGUGAGAGUGUCUCCAAACAUUGAUUAUGCCAUGGUUGUUUCUCUUAUAAUCAUACUUGAAGAAAUUGCCACCCGAAGAAGACAGAAUUCCUCAUCACACGCUUGA